GAUUCAUUUUUACAACCUUAUCUUUUUAAAAAGAUCAGCAGAAGAAAGGAAUUCAGAAACAUGCAAAUGGAUAAUGGAGAACAUGCAAUAGAUCUGAAUCAUUUGGAUGAGGAAGAUGCUAUCAGAUCCAAGGGUUGCAUCUUCAGAAUUCCGGACAUGAUCAAAAUGCAAAAUGAACAGGCUUAUAAGCCCUAUAGAUUUUCAUUUGGUCCUUGGUACUAUGGUAAAACACAGCUGAUGAGCACUGCACGAGAAUUCAAAGAGGCAUUCAUCGACGGACUCAUUUUUCGUUUCCCAAAUCCAGCAGCGAAGUUCAAGGAGUUGGAAGAAGUCAUCAAAGGGGCACAUAGCAAGGCUAAAGAAUACUAUGAGGGAGAGGAUGUUUAUGAUCUCGAGGGAGAUCAGGAUAUUCUGGAGGGAGUUAAGGAUGCUGACAAAGAAAAAUUUGAGAAAAUAUUGCUACUUGAUGGUUGCUUUAUUAUCGAGUUGUUUCGGAAGUUUGCUGGAGAGGUAGCUAGACAUGAAGAUGAGAGGGUACUCUUCUCAAAGGGUAUGAUUCAUGUUCUUUAUCACGACCUAUUUUUGCUAGAAAACCAAAUUCCUUGGUUUGUGCUUGAGCUCUUGUUUGACAAGACCAGAGUCUCUGAAAGUGAGAAUACUUUGAUUGGACUUGCAAUUCGAUUCUUCGGGUCCGCUUUAUCAAGGGAUCAACAUCAUGAAAUGCUAGCAGAUCAGCUUGUUUCCAGCGGCUCAAGGAUUGUUCACCUCAUUGAUCUUGCUAGGCGUUAUUUGGGUUAUUCAUCAGAAAGUGGAGUAGACGUCCUGCAAUUGCAAUGCAGGAACACUAUUCCUUCUGCCACUAGACUUAAAGAGGCAGGAGUCAAAUUUAAAAAAGUCAAGUCGUCAAGAAAAAUCCUCGAUGUAAGAUUCAACAAGGACGAGGGUGUUCUGGAAAUCCCAUAUUUGCUGAUCAAUCCAUCAACGGAAACCAUCUUCAGGAACCUCAUCAGCUUUGAGCAAUGUAGCUCUUGCAUAACAAGAGUGACGUGCUACGCCAUGCUCCUAGAUUGCCUGGUCGACAACUCAGAUGAUGUGGAUUUAAUGAGCAGAGUAGGAAUCUUUGAUAAUUGGUUAAACCCUGAGGAGGCGGCUAAUUUCUUAAGCAGAAUGCGCAAUGGCACUUCCACAGAUGUUUUCUUUUAUGCUCAACUUUGUGAAGACGUCAACGCUUAUUGCUUGAGGUGGUGGCCAAAAUGGCGAGCUUCUUUGAUCCACAACUAUUUUACCAAGCCAUGGGCUAUAGUUUCUGUAAUUUUUGCCAUUAUUGUUUUGCUUUUCACCAUCAUGCAGGUCUUCUAUAAGUAGGGACAACUUACCCUUUAGACACUUCUAAAUUUGCUAAGGUAGUGUCUGUUAUUCUAAAAUUCAUUACUAAACAAACAUUGUAGAUGAGAAUAAAAGAGCAAAUUUAUUGAAAAUUGUGUUUCAUACACUUCUCGCGCCACAAGAGGGGAUCAUCGAAUACUGAUACAAAUUUAUCAUUUUAUUUUACCCUGUAAGCCCAACAUAUGACAGAGAAAAUCUAUAGUUAUAUAUUAAUGG